GCUUUGUCGUCGAGCGAGCGAGACGUGCGUCGCGGGUGGAAUUAAGCGAAAAUUAAAAUAAAUAUUGGACAAAUCACGGAAGAUAAGUGCAUUUUGCACAGAGAAAAAAAUGCACAAGAAUCAGAGUACGACAAAGCGAAAACAAUGAGGAAGCAGCUAAGCAGGACAACCAGAACAACAACAACAGUCAAUUAGGUUUUGUUUAACGCGCAAUGGAAAUGUAAAAUCAUAGAAACUAAUGAAAACCGAGAAAAGUCAAGACGCAUACAAAAUUAAAAGUCAAACAAAUCGUGGGAAAUGGAAACAGAGUUCUGCUGCUGCCUCUGCCUCGUUUUCUUCUCGUUGUCCAUGUGUAGUUGUUGUAGUUUAGGAUAUUGCAGGAAAAUUACUGACCACAGAUAUAUUGUAAAAGGCGCGCGUUCGCGUUCGGCGUGGCAAAAAUAAUUUGGAAAAUUCAAUACAAAUAAAACGGCGCGACAAUAACAAAAGGCAAAUUUUGAAGCAGCAGCUGUGUGUGUUUCAUUUGUAUUUAUGUGUGUGUGUGUGUAGCAGUGUAGCAGAAAAGUGAAGAAGAAAAACAGCAAACAAAAAAGAGAAAACAAAGCGAAUCGAAAACACAAACGCAACAAAAACAACAAAAGUAGCAGCACUGGCCACAACAACAACAAUAACAGCGGUAAUCAACACUAACAACAACUACUACGCUGACUUCCUCUUUGGGCAUUUACUCACACUCAGCAUCUGAGCAGCUGACUGCAUAUCUUGGCAGUCUCUCUCCCACUCGCGCGCGCUCUCUCUCUCUCUCUCACUCUCCCUCUCUGCUCUGCUCUGCUUGGCACAAAAUUAAAGAACGCCUACGCUGAUUUUGACGUCGCUGCCAUCGCUGUCGUCACUGCAUAAUAAUGCAAAAGAAAACAACAAAAAAGUAACGAAACAACUAACUUCCAGCCGCCGGCCUCCUAACUAGUCAACCCCUUUGCACAGCUACAACAACAACAACAGCAACUGCAACAGCAACGAACUUAAGCAAACAUAUCCGUCAUAUUAAGUAAAAGUUCACCUAAGUCUCUCAAUAACAUAUAAUUCAAUAACAAUAAAACAAAAAAAACAAAAUGGAUUGGAUCAUUAGCGAUGAGUUGGGUUUGACUGUCGGUCACGUUGUCGGCUGGGCGGCCGCCUCGGCAAUGGUCAUCGGCGGCGUUAUACCCUAUGUCCCCCAAUAUAUCGAGAUCAAGAAGACGCAGGACGCCGACGGCUUCUCUUUGUAUGUCUGUUUGGCCCUUCUGGUCGCCAAUUCGCUGAGAAUACUCUUCUGGUUCUCCAGCCGCUUUGAGCUUCCACUGCUGGUGCAGAGUGUGGUCAUGAAUGUCACCAUGUUCCUAAUGAUACACCUGUGCGUGAAGGUGAAACGGAUGGGUGCCAAUACACGAGAACAUACGCUUCGCGGCGACGAGCUGCACUUGCCAAAAGUGCUGACGGACACGGAUACAGGCGCCUCCGUCUCCACGAGUGAUGCAGGUGGGCUGAAACGUGCACGUUCCAGACAUUAUAUAAAUGAUCUGGAUUUCAAAUACUUUUGGAACUGGACAGAUUUUCAAUCGUAUUUGGACAUGAUGCUCGUCGUAUGGGCCAUUGGCGCUGCCGUCACAUAUCUGAUGCUACCCGUCAACUGGUUCAUGGAGGCCAUGGGCUUUGUGGCCGUUUUCACAGAGGCCAUGUUGGGUGCGCCGCAGUUUCUGCGCAACUUUCAAAACAAAUCCACAUAUGGUAUGAGCAUACACAUGGUGGUCAUGUGGACGCUCGGUGAUAUGUUCAAGACUGGUUACUUUGUCGCUAGAAAAGCACCCUCGCAAUUCUGGAUUUGUGGCACGUUGCAGGUCAGCCUGGAUCUGGCAAUAUUGUUGCAGGUUUGGCUGUAUCGCCACAAUACGAAGCCGCGCGAUCUGAGACGCGGUGAUUAGCAGUUUGCCCCCGAAGAGCAGCAACAACAGCCUCCACUUAAUCAACAACAAGAACAACAAAUAAUAACAACAACACAACAACAACAACACGAACUGCACAAUUCGCAUUCCGAGGAGCGACAAUUAUCGCUUCCAAUUACAAUCAGCAGCAGCGGCGACGAUCGUCUGCUGACGGCACGAGCCGAUGACGAGCACUUCAAAACACUCGACUUUGGCCAGUGUCACGACAAUCGAGCCUUUCAGUAUCAUCAUCAUCAUCACCAUCAUCACAACAACAACAACAAUAACAAUAACAACAAUAAGCUGUUACUUUCCCGCUCGGCCGGCAGUGGCAAGAGUCAGAGCAAACAUGAGAGCAGCAAUGCCACCGCUGCCGUUGCCGUUGCUCUCGAUGAUCUCGAGGUGGUCAUUGUGCACAAGUCGAGCAAUGCGCGAGGCGUUAGCAAUGGUGCACAGGAGCUCAAUCAUAGUCACAGUAACAGCUGUUGCCAUCGGCGCAAGCGACACAAUGCCACACAGACGCCAGUGGAACGUUGCUGUUGCUGCUGCGGAUCCGGUUGCCAUUGCCAGGUGACGCAUCAUCAUUGCCAUCAUCACUGUCAUCAUCAUCACUAUGGCAGCAACAGUGGCGGCGGCGGCGGCGGCAAGCGACGCCGUCAUCAUCAUCAUCAUCAUCAUCAGCAGCAGCAUCAGCAGACGCAAUCCCGACAGCAGUUGCAUUCCAAGCGCAGUCCGCUUCCAGCCAACAAGGCGAACCACACACACAACAAGUCUUCCUUGGACUCCAGCGAGGAUCAGCAUCAGCAGCCGCAACUGCAUUCGAAUGUCAUUGCGAUUGAGAUUGAUGCGGCCACCGUAACGGAGAAUAACAGCAGCACUGCCACCUCAAAUUUUCCAUAUAAGGUUGCCAGCGAGGGCGGCGGUGCGCCCAUGAAUCUAAUUCCGCUCUGCGAGCAGCAUCGUCAGCGACGGCGACGCGCCUCCAUCAACUCCAAUACGACCAUCGAAACGGAUGAGCUGUCCCGAGAUGACGACGCCGAUGUCGACGAUGUUGACGAUGACGCCGACGCUGACGAUGACGACGACGAUGACGAUGACGACGAUGAUGAUGUGCGUCUGGGCGUGCAACCCGAGGAUGAGGAGCAAUUGACACCAUCGAUGGUCAAACGGCCAAGCAGCAGCUCCAGCAGCACAGCACGAGCCUUUGCCGGCUCUGUUCCGCCACGCAACCAAUGCGUGAGGAUUAAGCGUAAACGUUUCGAUCCCGAUGCGAUGCAGGAUUAUUGCAGCAGUUGCUCGCGUUGCUCCAGUUGCAGCUGUGAUCAGGCGCGCACCAGCUCCUGCAGCAGCCUGGACGAGGAUCUAGCCCACGAGAUGACCGUUGCCGCCGACUGCCAUCGCUGUGCGAGCAGCGAGCAGCAACAACAACAAAUGGGCAGCCGUCGUAGUAGCUUGAAGAGCUUCUGUUCCUGCCGCACAAACAGCUGCUGCUGUGGCCGUUGCAGCGACGAGGAGAAUUAUGCCGGUGGCGAAUACGAGGACGAUGACGAUGAGACGACCGGACAGCGUGAAUCCUAUCGCACCGCUGCGGAUCACACGAUAAGGAGCACUCCAACACAGGAUGCAGAUCUGCAUAGCAGCACCCUGACACCGCUCAGCACCGAGGAGCACACGAUGCACAGCGAAUUGGCGGACAAUGAUGAUGAUGAUGAUGUGAAUGCCAUAACCGAUGCGGAUGCCUCCUCGCUAAGUCAAUCUGCCGAAUACUUUUCGCUCGCCUCCGCCACGGGUGGCAAAGAAGAGGGCAGCCACAACACCACCAAUAGCAAUAGCAAUAGCAACAGCAACAGUGCCAGCUGGAGCAAGCAUAUUCGUCUUAAGCGCAGCCCCUCGCUGCUGGACUCACAUUUAUGACGAAGUGUCUCGCUGGUCGCGUGGCCAGCCAUCGAUGUUAAUGCCCUGCUGCAGCAGACCAUACGAAAAACCGCUGUGCUGCAGGAGUUGCCAGUGAAGCCACGCACACCGCUGCCGCCACCGCCAAGGGCCCAGUUGCAAUGUUCCGGUGCAGCAACAGCAGCAGGAGCAGCUGCAUCAGGUAGCAAUGAUAGCUCCACCGCCACGUUAACGCCCAGCGUCAUCACCGUUGCCAAGCAACCGAGAACUCGCACCGCUGUCAUCUCUCACAAUGGCAUCACGAACACAACCACAACCACUUUGCCCGCACUGAGGACGAAGCGCAGCAGCUCCAAGUACGCGCCGGUGGGCGGAGAUGCAGACUACACCUGUGAUCCGCUCCAGCGACGCUCCACAGAGAUCAUACUUUAAGCAACAACCUCUGCUUGGCUGUGUCGACAACAGAGUUUUGUCCAAAAACAAACAAAAAAAUAAGAAAACAAAA